CUUUAUCAUGUGGCGGGCGCUUUGUUGCAGUUAUUAAGCCCGGGGUGGUCAGUUACGGAGAAACGUAUGCGCUGUAAAUUACCUACAGAGCUCUGGCUUCCAGCGCCCCACUCUUUGCUGCGACCUGCUCACUCGGACCCUUCUUCCCCGGCGCGUUACUUCGUGCAUGAUCCCGUCAUCAUCAACCUCUACUCUUCCCACUCCACACACCACCACGAACAUGUAACGAACAUUUUUACGAAUUGGUUGGAUACAAUUUACGCCCUACACACCAGUGAUAGCAAGCGACGUCAAUGCCCCAACCAUGGACGCAGGCACCAAGAAAGCAAGCCUGUCGGCCUCCGUAGCGGCGUGGUCGCUAUUCCUCCAACGCGCCCGCAACCAGCGUCUCGACCCGGCCCGAUUCGCCGACUUCCUCCCCAUUCAUUUCAAGGAUAAAUACCCUCUGCCGCCCGUCAUAAUCGCCGACGAGCUGCUGCGCCCGACCGAACGCCAACGCUACAGCCUCGACCCCCGCGUGCACCUCUAUCUCGACGCCCUGCUGAAGCAACACCGCGUCGAUCCCGCCUCCGUCCUGCGCGCCCUGUUCAAGUACUCGUCCGCGCAUCUGAAGGUGCGAUCACAGGAUGCCGAUGCGCCAACCGGGGAUGGCGUCGAGGGGGGGCAAAGGGGAGAGGGAGCAUCACAGCUUGUCAGGUGGCAGAAUUCGUACGAUGACGAAGAGAGGAUAUUCUGGCGACUUGCGCAGGCGAUACAUCACAAGUCUGGAAUUAGGACGGCCCGGAAUGCGGUGCAGGUGGCCAAGAUGCUGGCCAAAUGGGCGCGCCUGUUCGCCGCGGCGGCGGCGGUCUUCUCCAGGGAGGCGUUUGGCUCAAUACACGGCUUGCAGGCGAGAGACGAGAUGGGAGACGCGAGGACUGCGUUCGUUCUGUUGCUCAUUGCCUUCAGUGAGAACUCGCUGGCUCGAAUGACGUUGAGCAGGCGGCUCUGCAAAGGUAGGCGCGCGGCCCAGCAAUUGCGGGUAAGGUUAAGGUUUAGAGUUGGGGCUGACGGCGGCGUAGACGUUUGCAAGCAGCUUUCUGAUGCCCUGCAAACCUUCAUUCCCUGCGUGAUGCAAGUGCUGCCCGAGAUGGCAGGCCGACUGGAGCAGUUUCGUACCGAAACGCUCGGCAAAUAUCUCCCCGCGGAGAAGAAAGACGUGGAAGUAAACAGUUACAUGGACAAUCUCAUCGACAUGGACAACUUCCAGAUACCCGAGAUGCCGGUCGUUAAUUCUCGAGCCGGUCUCUACAUCUACCUCAGCGCUGCGCUCGUGGGCCGGCCCAUGGUUGACGAUAGCGCGUUAUUUACAUACUUACAAAACAGAUACCAGGGAGACAUACAAUCUACAGCAGUACAGCUUAUCCUAGCAUCCUUCGACCUCCUCGCAAACGCCGUCUUUCGCAAUGAGGGGCCUAAGACUGGCCACUUACUAAAGUCUUUCGUGGUCAACAAAGUACCCUUAAUACUCGUCUCGCUGACGAACUCCCCGACCAUGUAUCCUUUCGACGCGGAGAUGUGCAUCAAGGAAGCGCUGGGGCAGGUGGACACUAACGUCUUCCCCACGCUGUCCGGCAUGUUCGAAAUGUCCAACACAAGCUCCUCCUUUCACGACUCUGUUCGCCAAGAUUUCUGUUUCUCUUGCCAGCUACACGGCUUGCUUUCCCAGACGGCAAUCGAGAACCUGCUCGGCGACAUUACGUAUCAGUCUCUGCCGGACGAGGGCCGUUACGUGAAAGAUAAUUUGGUCCAGGCAUGUCUCUUGGAUAUGGACAGGACGCAGAAGCUAAUUGGAGAGCUGGACAACAUGAACGGGAACGUGGGUGCUGCUGCCCAAGCCAUCAUUGAGGUUAUCGGCAGCCUCUGCCGGGAUAAGGCAACCCUGCCUCUCAAGCAGCUUUGCAGUCAACUCGCGGCCAAACCUCUGGCACUAGAUGUCCUGCUCCUCUUCGACAAGCCACAAAAGAUCCUGCAUCCGCUGUGUGACCUGCUCGACAAUUGGGGCGGGUACGACGAGGAGCAGGGCGAGUACCACCCAGUGUACGAAGAAUUCGGGUCCAUCCUGAUCCUUCUAUUGGCGUUUGUCUACCGGUAUAAUUUGUCACCCGCGGACUUGGGCAUCCGCUCGCCGGACUCCUUCGUGGGGCGAUUACUGGGCGGCGGCAACCAUUAUCGGCCACUGGAGGAUCUGAAUGAGCAGGAGAAGGCACACUUGAACGGCUGGAUCCAUGGCCUUUUCGAUACUGAUACUGGCGGCCUCGGGGACGAUCUCAUGGCUUUGUGUUUGCCGCAGGACUUCUACCUGCUUAUGCCUACGCUGUUCCACCAGAUCGUCGUUGCGCUGAGCGCAGGGUACCUCACGGACGAGGUACUGAAGGGCGGUCUUGAGUACCUGGUCGGCGUCCUCCUGUUGCCGUCUCUGGUCCCCGCGAUACUGUACCUUUCCAAUCAGCUGUGGGUGACCAACCCGCAUAUGCAGCCCGCCAUCAUCAAGAUACUCCAGGUCAUUAUUCGGCCAAGCUCCAUCUCCAGCGAGGCAGCUACCAUGCUCUCGUCUGUUCUCAACAUCGUGGCCAAACCGCUAGAAUACGCACUGCGCUCCUACCAACGGCAAGACCCCAAGUGUCAGGAGGUCGAGCCUCUCCUCCGCGCCAUCAAGGAGAACCUCGCCCUCUCCCGCCGAACGGGCGGCGCGGGCCACACCGAGCUCGAGUCCUGGUGCACCACGCACGCCAACAACGGCGCGAACGGCGCCGCCACCCCGCACAGCGGCCUCUCCGCCGCCGUCCGGCACACCGCCCAGAACCUCGUCCAAUGGGCCCAAAACCCACCCCUCAACGGCAUGCCCGCCACCUACACCCACCGCCAGACCCUCGCCGCCGUCAAGAUGCUCGGCGCCAAACGCCUGCUCGCAAUCCUCCUCGACGAGCUCAAAACCGCCACCGACAUCUCCCAAGCCAGCAUCGCCUACGACGUCGCCACGGCCCUGAUCUGCGCCCCGGACGUCACCAACGACCCCUCCCUGGCCCCCUCCACCCCCUCACCCACCACCACAACCAACCCCCCCGCCGCCGGGGGGCCCGACGACGGCGGCAACGACCCCACCCGACCCCAGCGCCGCAUCUCCCUGCGCGACGCCCUCAAGGCCGAGGCCGACGACUGGAAGCGCACGCGCAAGGCCGACGCCGCCGUCGCAGAGGUCGUCGUGCGCCUCUACCGCCGCGUCGAGGCGCAGAUGGCGCCCGCGCCGCCGUCGGAUGCGGAGGCGGCAGCUGCGGCGGCGGCGGCGGCGGCUGCUGCUGCCGCGAUGCUGCAGCCGGAGUUGGGUGAUGUGGGUGGCGUGCUGGGGGACGCGAUCGCUGCGGCGGCGGCGGUGGCUGGGGAUCAUCAUCAUGGGCUGCAUGGGCAUGAGGGGAUGGUGAUGGAUGGCGGGGGGUUGGAUGCGGGGGAUUUGGGCGGGCUUGGGGGUGGGGAGAUGGUGCCCGGGUCGGAGAUGAGUGCGGAUGGGCUGUUUGGGGGGCUGAGUACGGGGAGUGAGUUUGGGGCGGACUUUUCGUCGUGGGAUAUGGAUUUGUCUUAG